AUGGCUCCGAGUCUCCCGCAGUUCUCAGCAGCGCGCAUGCGCUCGUACAUUUUCCGGCUCCCGCUCUUCACACGCUGCAUCAUUUUUGUUAUUGUUCUACUAUGGGCGCUGGGUAUGCAGAGCGUGUGGGAUGUGCAGGCUUGGGGUGCCCUGGUGCCGAAUGAGAUUGGGUUGGCGAGCAUGUAUAGGACGAAUACCUUUCCGCUGGUGCAUGUCGGCUUCUUUCAUGCGCUGAUGAAUGUCCUCGCUCUGACGCCCCUUUUGGAGAGAUUUGAGGCCGAGUAUGGAACCUUGACAACGUUGGCGCUGUUCCUUGGACCACUUUCCACGAUUCCAGCGUUGUUGUACACUUUUAUUGAAAGGGGGAUUUUGGGCAUGAAUACUACAGUUUUGGGUGCCAGUAUAUGGGUAUUCACUCUGCUUGCGAUGGAGGCUGUUAAAACAUACAAAACGAAUCCCAACUUUCUUCUCGGUACGACACAAAUACCUACAUGGAUAACACCACUCGUCAUGGUGUUAUUCGUGUCGUUCUUGAUUCCAAAUACAAGUUUCUUGGGGCAUAUAUGUGGAUUGGCUUUUGGCUAUGGGUGGGGCUUGGGGUAUUUGAAAUUCCUGGCGCCACCGGAAUGGGCAUUGAGAUGGAUAGAAGGAAAGCUCAACUUGCUUGGGAGAUUACCUCAUUACGUCUCUGUGGACCAGAAGACAUACGGCCGAUUCGGUGUCCUUCCUACUACGAAUCCAUCAUCGGAUAGUAUUACAACAACCUCUCUUCUCCGGCGCGAUCCCCGCCUGCUCAAGGUCCCGCCAUACCUGUCCUUCCUCUGCAUCGUUAUCGGUGUCGCAUGGCUACUUCUACUACCUUUAGACGAUUACUCGCGAGGAACAUAUAUCUCAGAAAACGCGCUGCUGCCGGGGCAGGUGCAUACGUAUUUUGCUGGGAGUGAUCAGAAUGUGUUUCGAGGGUAUAAGCAUGAAGUUGAUGCGCUGGGGGAGAGGAGUAAUGUUGAGGUAAAUGAUAAACUUGAGGAGCUGUUUAAGGCGUCGGGCUUGAAAGUUGCGAGGCAGAAGUACGAGUAUAAGAGUGCUGGGGAGACGUACGAGGGAGAGAACAUAUAUGCAAUACUGCAUGCACCGAGAGGGGAUGCUACAGAAGCUAUUGUGCUUGUAGGAGCUUGGAUAAACGUGGAUGGUGUGCUGAAUAGGAGUGGCGUGGCUCUCGUUCUCACGCUGGCAAGAUAUUUCAAGAGAUGGUCAUUAUGGUCGAAAGAUAUCAUCUUUCUGGUCACAGCGGAUAGCAGGGCGGGCCCACAGGCUUGGGUGGAUGCGUAUCAUGAUACACAUCAGUCUCCUGCCAUUGAGUCUUUGCCUGUGAAGAGCGGUGCUCUGCAGGGAGCUGUGGUCAUUGACUACCCAUUCGAUCACCGAUUUGAGUCUCUACAUAUUGUUUAUGAUGGUAUCAAUGGGCAGCUCCCGAAUCUGGAUCUUCUAAAUACUGUGGUAGCCAUUGCCAGCGGUCAGAUGGGAAUUGGAGCCUCUUUACAGCAAAUGUGGCAGCAUACAGACAGCUACCAGGACAGGCUAAAGACGAUGCUCAGGGGAAUGCUGAAUCAGGGAUUAGGCCAUGCAUCCGGGCCUCACAGUAGUUUCAUUCCGUACCACGUGGACGCCAUAACGCUACAACCUUACGGAGAGGGUUGGCAAGACGAGAUGGCUAUGGGAAGAGUGAUAGAAAGCACUUUCCGAAGUUUGAACAAUCUUCUGGAACAUCUUCACCAAAGUUUCUUCUUCUACCUACUCAUGCAGGCCAAUCGCUUCGUCAGCAUUGGGACAUAUCUUCCUAGUGCUAUGCUUGUAGCUUGCAAUUUCACAAUCAUGGCUAUCUUUCUCUGGGUGAAGAGUGGAUCUCCUCUGCCUACGAAAACAACAGUUGGGUCAACUGCCCAGUCUGACGAGAAGGCACCUCCUUUAGCUGUAAUCCAAGAAGCAGACGCCAAAGCCAUUGUUCCCGAAGAAACAUUGGCUGUGAGAGAACGAGAGCUAUUCCUGCCACUGGCAGUAGUAGCAGGCUCGCAGUUCCUGGGCGUCCUUCCCCUCUACCUUUUCAACCAUACUUCCGCUCCAAUGUUCCCCGCAAUCUUCACCCUCUUCACAGCCUUCAACACUAUUACCCCACCCCUCCUCUCCCACCUGCUAACAACAACCUUCCACCCAACCGCCCAACAAUACUCCCUCAUAAAAUCCUUCUCCCUCCUGCUCCUCGGCCUCUUCCUCUCCUCCCUCGCCACCCUUAACUUCUCGCUCGCCUUCCUCGUCGGCCUAUUCUCCGCACCCCUAACAUACAUGCAACCUCUUCCCAAUCGUCCCAUCAUUGCCGGAAUCCUAGCGCUAUUGUUGACGGCGUUGGCACCGACGACGGUUCUGUUUGCAGGCGCGCAGUAUUGGGGCCUGGGGAUAGGCGAGGUGUUGAAGGAGGCGGCGUUUGGGUGGGAUGUUUGGGGAAUGAAUACCCAGGUUGUGGUGUGGUGUGUUUGGUGGCCUGCUUGGGUGAUUGGGAUGGUCUCGUUGUGGGGGAGGCCGAGGGAGGAAGUGGAGAGUUGA